AGUCGUAGCCCUGGAUUCUGAUCACCACAUUAGAGAGAUUAUUUUGUCUUAUUUCAACAUUCAUAUUAAUCAAGACUAGACAGGCCUAUUCCCGGUUCUCUGUCUGACAGUUAUUUAAGAGUUAUUCCGGUUCCCACAGGGGGAAAGAAACCGGGAGGCGCUGUAGAGCCCGUCAGUGAGGCGCUGCAGAGUCCGUCCUUGAGGCGCUGUAGAGCCCGUCAGUGAGGCGCUGUAGAGCCCGUCAGUGAGGCGCUGUAGAGCCCGUCAGUGAGGCGCUGUAGAGCCCGUCAGUGAGGCGCUGUAGAGCCCGUCAGUGAGGCGCUGUAGAGCCCGUCAGUGAGGCGCUGUAGAGCCCGUCAGUGAGUCUGAGCGUCGGAGGCUACGGUAUAAACGCGAUUCACAGCAGAGCGAAAACGGGCUGAUCUGAACGCCUCUUUUCAUUCCUUCCUUUCCUCUCAGCCAGCCGCAAUGCGAGACCAGACCGGAGACCAGACCCAUGAUAUCUCUCACACAACGCCACUGAAACUAGGAGGAAUAAACUGAUUAAUAAAAUAAAAGAAGAAGACAUUUUUAAUAAAAAGGAAUAGACGGGAGAGAUGGAGCCCGUUGGCUCGUUUCUUCCCGGUAAAACCGGUACUUCGCAUUUCGAUCCGGUGGCUUUUGUCAAACGGCCGAGAACCAUCCUCAGACUACUGUGCUGGGUGAGCGACAAAUCAACGAGACUCGUGUUCUCUAUGGUCGUGUUCAGCUGUAUAGUGAACGAAGGCUACAUGAACAUCGGCAGCGAGCGGUUGCUAUGCGUCUUCAAUAAGAACGCCGACGCCUGUAACUACGGCGUUACCGUGGGCGUGGUCUGUUUCCUAGGCAGCGUCUGCUUCCUGGUUGUGGACAUCUACUUCCCCACCAUCCACAGUGUCCGACUCAGGAGGAGAGCAACUCUCAUCGACAUGGUCUUCUCUGCCCUGGCCAGUUUCCUGUGGUUCGUGGGUUUCUGUUUCCUGGCCAAUCAGUGGCAGCAGACGACAGAAGAAGAGCUCCCAUUGGCUCAGGGCUCCGACGCCGCCAGGGCCACUGUUGCCUUUUGCUUCUUCUCUAUCCUCACCUGGGCUGGCCUGACGGCGCUCGCCCUCCAGACGUUCAUCAACCUGUUCCAAAACUUCAGCCUCUUCACCGAUCAGCUCGACGACAACGCCGGAUACCGCGACAACGCCCGAGGCGCGCCCGUCGCCAACGGAGUCACCGUAGUAACCACCAACCCUUACCAGCAGGCGCCUCCCUUCAGCGAAACUCUGAGUCUGGACCCUUCUGCCCUCACACCUGCUCCUGUCUUCUAGAGGGAGAGAGAGGAGAGAUGGAGAGAGAGGGAGAGAAGAGAGAGAGGGAGAGAGGAGAGAGGAGAGAGAUGGAGAGAGAGA